GAUGACUUGCGUGUCGUCGUCACCGGUAUUCCCACAAUUCAACUCGGCGGCGCGCGAAAGCUGACUGAGGUAAACAACAGGAAGAAGUGCAGCUCGCUGACAAAUCUACACAAUGAGCAAAAAAGACAGCGCAGGUGUCGCACAGAUCCUCGCUUACCUGAAUGAGAAAAACAGACCCUAUAGUGCUCAGGAUGUCUUUACAAACCUACAGAAGCAGUGUGGUAUGGGUAAAACGGCUGUGGUCAAGGCAAUGGAGCAGCUGGCCCAGGAAGGAAAGAUUAAAGAGAAAGUCUAUGGAAAGCAGAAGAUCUACUUUGCAGAUCAGUCUCAGUUUGCGGAUGUGAGUGAUGCUGAACUUAAGAAGAUGGAUGCUCGUGUUGCAGAACUCAGUGCUGAAGUACAGACCAUCUCACAGAGCUGCAGGCAGCUGGAUACAGAACUGAAGGAGCUGAACGGCUCAUUAACCACAGCAGAGAUGAAGGCACAGAUCCAGGAGCUGCAGGCGGAGUGCUCUGGGUACAGAGAGAGGCUGGAUAAAAUCAAGUCAGCUACAAACCAUGUGACCCCUGAGGAGAAGCAGAAGGUUUACAAGGAGAGAGAGACUUAUGUGAAGGAGUGGAGGAAGAGGAAGAGAAUGGUUACCGAUAUGGUUGGAGCUAUUUUGGAGGGGUACCCAAAAAGCAAGAAACAGUUUCUGGAGGAGGCUGGGAUUGAAACAGAUGAGGACCAUAAAGUGACAAUGCCCAGCAUCUGAUGGAGGACUCACUGAUUAAAUUCAGAUGCCGCCAACAUCGUUGCUGGGACACCAGACCUUUGGAAAGGUUGGAAAGUAAUGUAGAGGAUUCUAGGACACUGAGAGAACUGUUUUGUUAAAAACCAAUCCUAUUUAUAAAAGUUCUGUUGAGAAAGAAAGAACAAACAAGCUGUAAAUAAGUUUGAACAUUGUUUAUUUUUCAAUUAAAAAAAUUAUACUGAUACAAAAAUA